AGCCGGGCCCUUCCCUGCAGCCCCCCGGGGCCGGGAUGUCGCGGGAGGAGCCGGAGGGCCCCGAGGCGGAGGCGGCGGCGGGACAGAGCCCGUUCCCGGCGGAACCGGGCGAGGACGAGCCCCCCGGUGAGGAGCCGGCCAGGCCGUGCGCGGGGCCAGCGCUGGCUCCCCGCUCCUCCGCCUUCUUCGCCUCGCUGGACGCCGCCGUGGCGGGGCUGCAGCGGCGGGUGCAGGGCGCGCUCGGCCGCAUCAACCGCGGCCGCGAGGAAGCGCACACGGAGCUGAGCGGCGUCAGGGACGGGCUGCUGCUCAAGGUCUCGGAGCUGGCGGAGCAGCUGGAGGAGCGGCUCUUCCGCCGCUACGGCUUCCACAACGGCAUGAUCCAGGAGCGGCUGCAGGCGCUCGGCGAGGUGCUGCAGCGCGUGGAGGAGGCGCAGGCCGAGCUGCGCGGCGUCUGCUGCACCGUGGAGGCGGCUUACCAGGACCUCUGCCUGCAGCACGAGGCCUGAGGGCACCCCCAGAAAGCCGCGGGACCCCCCAAAAGCCGCGGCACCGCGGGGCCGUGCCAGGCCAAAGGGGGAUUUUGGCCCCAAAGGGCUUUUGUGUUGCUGUUGGUGGUUGGAACAAAUAAAGGGCUGAAGCUGACCCAAAA